AUGUUUCUGACGGUGUACCUCAGUAACAAUGAGCAGCACUUCACCGAGGUGCCGGUCACCCCCGAAACAACCUGCAGAGACGUGGUGGAGCUGUGCAAGGAGCCGGGUGAGAGCGAGUGCCACCUGGCUGAAGUGUGGUGUGGCUCAGAACGUCCCAUAGCUGACAACGAACGGAUGCUGGAUAUUUUGCAGCGCUUUGGGAUGCAGAGAAAUGAGGUUCGUUUUUUCCUUCGGCAUGAACGCUCUCCCUGCCGGGAAGCAGGGACUGGACAAAGAUCUCAAGAUCCAGCCUUAAAAAGAAAUGGUGUCAAAGUGCCUGGUGAUCGAAGACUAGAGAAUGGAGUCAGUGCUCCGAGGAUGGAUAUGACACUGGCUGAACUUCAGGAAAUGGCAUCCCGCCAGCAGCAACAAAUUGAGGCUCAACAGCAAAUGCUAGCUAACAAGGAACAACGUCUGAAAUUCCUGAAACAGCAAGAUCAGCGACAGCAACAGCAGGCUGCUGAGCAAGAAAAACUGAAGCGAUUAAAGGAAAUUGCUGAGAAUCAGGAAGCCAAACUUAAGAAAGUGAGAGCACUGAAAGGCCACGUGGAGCAAAAAAGACUUAGCAAUGGGAAAUUAGUGGAGGAGAUUGAACAGAUGAACAGCCUGUUCCAGCAAAAGCAGCGCGAGCUGGUGCUGGCUGUGUCAAAGGUGGAGGAACUCACCAGGCAACUGGAGAUGCUGAAGAACGGCCGAAUUGAUGGUUACCAUGACAACCAGUCGGCCGUAGCUGAGCUUGACCGCCUGUACAAGGAGCUGCAGUUGAGGAACAAACUGAACCAGGAGCAGAAUGCCAAGCUGCAGCAACAGAGGGAGUGUUUGAACAAGCGCAACUCGGAGGUGGCAGUCAUGGAUAAGCGUGUUAAUGAGCUGCGAGAGCGCCUGUGGAAGAAAAAGGCAGCUCUGCAACAGAAAGAGAAUGUACCGGUUUCUUCAGAUGGGAAUUUACCUCAGCCGGUGGCUUCUGCUCCAAGUCGAGUGGCAGCAGUAGGUCCUUAUAUCCAGUCCUCUACUAUGCCACGUAUUGCUUCCAGACCUGAACUUUUGGUAAAACCAGCAUUUUCAGAUGGGACACAAGGUUUACAGGUUCCUGAUGGUCCAUUGAAAACACAGACUCUGCCCAACAUGAGAGCUGGGAGCAGUUCACAAGCUAAAGCCCCUCCAGGUUCUGUGGUCCCCAGUGCAAAACCUUCCCCAACUGCCACUGACUGGAGUAGUUCAAAUGCAGACAGUCAUAUUAGUCAAGGAUCAGGCUUGACUUCAGGAAAAGGAAAUGUGACUAGUGAAGGACAAGCUGAAGGAGAAACUUUUUUACGAGACAAAGAGAAGAAAGUGCGUCCAUUCUCAAUGUUUGAUUCUGUGGACCAGUCUGCUGGGCUUGGCACACUGAGAAAGAACCAGAGCAGCGAAGAUCUCUUGCGUGAAGCACAGACAGCUAAUAAAAACGUAACAAAGGUACCACCACCUGUCCCCACUAAACCAAAACAGAUAAACUUGCCUUACUUUGGUCAAGCCAGUCAUCUGCAGCCUUCUGAUACGAAGCUGGAUGGAAACCUGCAGAAGCUGCCUUUGGCUAUCGUAACUAUGGGGAACAAACAAAAAACAGCAGCACAGCAGCCUUCCCAUGCUUCUCAGCAGAUACAGCAAAGGAUUUCUGUACCUCCUGCAGGUCCUUCCUCUAGCCAGGACCAAAUUCUUCCCUCCUCCAAACAGGAGAGUCCCCCAGCAGCAGCUGUGAGACCUUUUACCCCUCAGCCAUCCAAAGAGACCUCACUCCCACCGUUUCGGAAGCCUCAGACUGUGGCCGCAAGUUCAAUUUAUAGCAUGUACACACAACAGCAGACUCCUGGGAAGAACUUCCAGCAGGCAGUGCAGAGCGCUUUGACGAGGGCGCAGACCAGAGGAUCCCACUUCCCGAGUGUGUAUGGCAAGCCUGUGAUGGCAGGAGCUGGUGUACAGAAUCAGCUGCCACAGACGGAGAACGUCUACUCAAACCUCCAUGGCAAGCCAGGCAGUCCGGAGCCUGAGACAGAAGCAACAGCUUCCGCUCAUGACAAUCACGAAACAGAGCGAAUACCCCGUCCGCUCAGCCCAACCAAAUUGCUGCCUUUCUUAUCCAAUCCGUACCGCAACCAGAGUGAUGCUGAUCUGGAAGCGCUCCGGAAAAAGCUGUCCAACGCACCCAGACCACUGAAGAAACGUAGUUCCAUUACUGAGCCAGAAGGACCUAAUGGCCCAAAUAUUCAGAAGCUGUUGUAUCAGAGGACCACUCUGGCUGCAAUGGAGACUAUCUCGGCUCCAUCACAUCCCUCCAAGCAGAUGGUGUCAGCUGCCAGUCCUGAAAGCCCACCAGAAAUCCCGAAUCCUUAUUUAAGUGCAGAAUCGGAAAAAGAAAUGGCUAUUUCUGUGCCAGAACCAGCAAUUGCUGAGGAAGCAGAAAACACGCCACCAGAUCAGAGUGAAGCUGUUACUCCCUCUGCAGCUUUGGACCCUGUACCUGAGGGAGUGUCGGAUGGUGAUGAACUCGCAGAGCCGAAAAUAGAAGAACCAAGCGUAGAAGCUUCACUGCCACUGGAGGUAUACAUGGAAGAAUAUCCUCCAUACCCGCCACCUCCCUAUCCAUCAGGGGAACCAGAGAGUUUGGGAGAGGACUCCUUCAAUAUGAGGCCUCCUGAAGUUACUGGACAGUUUUCCUUGCCUCCUGGGAAGAGGACGAACCUGCGUAAAACUGGCUCCGAGAGAAUUGGGCAUGGAAUGAGAGUGAAAUUCAAUCCCCUCGCGUUGCUUCUGGAUUCAUCCUUGGAGGGAGAGUUUGAUCUCGUGCAGAGAAUAAUCUAUGAGGUUGAAGAUCCUAGCAUGCCCAAUGACGAAGGGAUAACUGCACUGCACAACGCUGUGUGUGCUGGACACACAGAAAUUGUGAAAUUCCUGGUGCAAUUUGGAGUGAACGUGAACGCUGCAGAUAGUGAUGGAUGGACCCCAUUACACUGUGCAGCAUCUUGCAAUAACGUGCAGGUGUGCAAGUUCCUGGUGGAGUCGGGUGCAGCAGUAUUUGCAAUGACCUACAGUGACAUGCAGACGGCUGCAGACAAAUGUGAGGAGAUGGAGGAAGGCUACACACAGUGCUCCCAGUUUUUAUAUGGAGUCCAGGAGAAAAUGGGGAUAAUGAACAAAGGAGUGAUUUACGGACUCUGGGAUUACGAGGCUCAGAAUGACGAUGAGCUCUCGAUGAAAGAGGGAGACUGCAUGACAAUCCUGCGCCGGGAAGAUGAAGAUGAAAUUGAGUGGUGGUGGGCACGGCUGAAUGACAAGGAAGGCUACGUUCCCCGCAACCUGCUAGGGCUGUAUCCAAGGAUUAAACCUAGACAAAGAAGCUUGGCAUGAAAUAGUACAGAAGCCAGAUUCCUGAAGUCCUAAUAAUGGAUGACUUACAAAAAAAAAGUCCAUUUUGUGUUGUUUCCAAUAUCAUGAGACUUAUUUCAAUGACAAUGUAAUUUGAAAGCUAUGAAGAAUGUGCUUUGAAAACAAAUGAAGGAUCGAUGCAUUAGCAAAUGGAUGAGGGCAUUCUACAGGAGGAAAUAAU